AUGGCAUCUGGAAAGGCACCUGCAGAAAAUAUGCUUUGGGGUGGACGCUUCACAGGUUGGUUCUCUAUGGAAGUUCGAGUGCAAUGCGGCCUCGAUCCCCUCAUGCUCGAAUACAAUGCGAGUAUUGAGUACGACAAGCGCCUGUACAAGGAAGAUAUCCUCGGCAGUAUUGCGUUUGCACGCGCAAACGCCAAGUCUGGCGUCAUAUCCAACAGCGAGUUCGCUGAAAUCGAGAGAGGUCUCAGGGAGGUUCAGAAGGAGUGGGAAGCAAAUGCCUUUGUUAUCAUGCCCAAUGAUGAAGAUAUUCAUACUGCUAAUGAGCGCCGACUCGGUGAAAUUAUUGGCAUGGACAUCGCUGGUAAACUACACACGGGUCGCAGUCGCAAUGAGCAGGUUGUCUGUGAUAUGCGUAUGUGGCUUCGCAACCAGAUCAAGGAGAUUGAGAGCCACCUAGUUGUCUUCAUCGAGACUAUUGCCAGCCGCGCCGAGGCCGAGUGCGGCAUUAUUAUGCCUGGAUAUACCCAUCUCCAGCGUGCCAUGCCGGUCUUGUGGUCGCAGCAUCUGUUGUCAUAUGGCUUUUACUUUGCGAGUGAUCUUGAGCGGCUGCGUGAGACUUUAAAGCGUGUGAAUAGGAGCCCACUUGGUUGUGGUGCUCUCGCUGGCAACGGCUUCAAUAUCGAUCGCGACAUGAUGGCCGAGGAGCUGGGCUUCGACGGCCUUUUAUGGAACUCCAUGAAUGCUGUUGGUGAUAGAGAUUUCGUCACUGAAUUUCUACAAUGGGGUAGUAUGUUCAUGCAACAUAUUUCUCGCUGGGCUGAGGAUCUUGUGCUUUAUAGCACCAUGGAGUUUGACUUUAUUUCUAUUGCGGAUGCUUAUUCUACUGGAAGCUCUUUGAUGCCGCAUAAGAAGAACCCGGAUGGCUUAGAACCUCCUGAGACGAGAUACAACGCGGCAGGCUCAAGAAAGAAGUUAACAAUUCGUGAUCAUCUAGUCUUGCGAGGAAAGGCUGGUCGAGCAUUUGGCCAUAUGGCUGGCCUUAUGAUGACCCAAAAGAGCCUCCCCAGCACAUAUUCAAAGGACUUGCAAGAAAGUUGGGAGCCCAUGUUGGAUCAUGUGAAGACUAUCUCUGAUAGCCUUCGGAUUGCAAACGGGAUCCUCGUUACCCUUACUAUCAAGCCAGAGAAGAUGAGGGCCGCCCUCGACCCGUUUAUGCUGGCUACUGAUCUUGCUGAUUAUCUCGUACGAAAAGGUGUACCCUUUCGUGAGACGCACCAUAUCUCUGGGCGAUGUGUUGCUAAGAGCGAGGAGCUAGGCAUCCCGAUGAACGAGCUCUCACUGGAGCAACUACAGGCUAUUGAUAGCCGAUUUGGGGAGGAUGUUUCGCAAACUUUUGACUACGACAGAAGCGUCGAGAUGAGAUCAGUCAAGGGUGGUACUAGUCGGGCACGCGUCCUGGAGCAAGUCAAGGUUCUCAAGGAUAUGCUGGCUUAG